CUUCGAUGAGCCGAUCGCAUUCGCGCGCAUCCUCGCAAUUUCUACUGAGCAGUUUACAGAUCGACGCCGCAACAAAGGCAACCAAAAUCGUUAACCGUUACUGCCCAACACAAUUUCGGAUAGCCUUGCAUGUCUGCAACUUGCCAUCCUCCUUGGAGCGCCCUGAGCCAGUCGAAUUAAUUGAUCUCAGCACCGAUCCCGUUCUUGCGCAACGGUUUUGCGCCCAGCGAUCAAUGACGGAGAAAAGCGCAGCGCAUCCGGGUACAGGGCCCGAACAACACCAACCCAACAACGGGACAGCCGAUAAAUUGAGAAUCAGCAUAGCAAAUGGCGAACACACUCGAGAAAAUCCGAAUGUAAAGGAGGAACUGCUGGGCACACAGGGCCCCAAAUCUGAAAUGGCUGCGGUGGGGGCUCACUCGAGUCCGAAGAAGCGCCGCAAGGUCAAUCAUGCAUGCGUUUACUGUCGGCGAUCGCAUAUGACUUGCGACUCGGAACGACCUUGUACACGAUGUAUAAAGCGGAACAUCGGCCACUUGUGCCAUGAUGAGCCUCGAGAGUCUUCCAAGCGGUCCCGGAGCGAGAAUGAGCAUUCGGCUGCGGAUGACGAAGCCUCUUCGAACAACGAGUAUCCAAACAUCCAAGGAAUGCCCAGAACGGUCGAUGUCCAGGAUGCUGCCGGUCAGCAAAUCCUCCCAGAUGCGACAAUGGGCCUAUCGGCUUCCUCUGUGCCUUCGGUGCAGCAGCCGGGCAAUAUGUCUUCUUCCGUACUUCCCUUCAACGAAUGGGUUGGCGGGCAAAGCCAAUUUCAAGACAUGCACUCAUUUCAUCCGUCCUAUAUGUUCAACGCGCCCGAGGUCACCAACGAGUACAACCUUCUUGGAGACUUCCUCAGUAACAGUCUUCUUGACGAUGGAUCGGUUUUUCAGAAUGAUGAUCUGCAUGGGAUUUAUUCAGACCCGACGUUGAUAAACUCCAUGGCUACCUUAGGAGGAUCAAACCCGUCUAUGCUCCAGCAAGCCCAACAGGCACAGUCGCAACAAAAUCAGCAGAAUCAGCAAACCCAGAGUGAAUCCGCCCAGGGCCCUGCUGCUGCAGUGAGCAACGACAAGGCAAGAGAGACUUAUUACAUGACUGCAGCUGAUCCUUCAGGCUCAGAUCCACCAGAGGAGCGAAUGAACAAACUUCUGAAGGCCAAGUAUGACGCAGGACUUUUGAGACCAUUUAAUUAUGUCAAAGGCUAUGCAAGGUUGAACCAGUAUAUGGAAAGACACCUCCAGCAAGCUUCGCGGCAGAAGAUCCUUCGACAGCUGGACAAGUUCCGGCCGAAGUUCCGGGAGAGAAUGCAAAGUUUAACUGACAUUGAGCUGAUAUUGGUGGAGAUGUGGUUUGAACGCAGUCUGAUGGAGUACGAUCGUGUUUUCGCUAGUAUGGCCAUUCCUGCCUGCUGCUGGAGACGGACGGGCGAGAUCUUUCGAGGGAACAAAGAAAUGGCAGAAUUGAUCGGCGUUCCUAUCGAAUCCUUGCGCGAUGGCAAAUUGGCUAUCCAUGAAAUCAUUGUGGAAGACCAGCUUGUUAGCUACUGGGAGAAAUUCGGGGCGAUUGCGUUCGAUAGCACCCAGAAGGCAAUGCUCACAAGCUGCACCUUGAAAAAUCCCAAUUCGAACUCGUCUACUGACGGUAUUCCCUGCUGCUUCUCAUUCACCAUACGGCGAGACAACCACAAUAUACCAUCGCUCAUAAUCGGAAACUUCUUACCUUCGCAGCGGAAAGCGAAAUGAAGUCCGUCAUCUUCAUCUUGUCUGCUAUUUGUCGCUUUAGUACGGAGUCACUCGCACUUUGAUCUAGCUUUGGUCUAUAGAUAUCCAUUUCUUUGUCAUUUGCUUCACAGGGGCCAGGUAAUAGCCUCCUCACUUGAACAGCUUCCCAGUCUCAGGAAAUGUACCAGAAUUUGGG